UGCAAAAUUUUUUUAAUAAUAUUGUGUAACUCUAAUUAAUUGAUUUUAGUAAGAAAUUUGUUACCAGUAAUUAUUAGUAAGUUACGUUAAAAGAUAUUUACUACUCUAUAGGGAAAAUUCAUGUACCUAACAUCUCAAUCACUAAUUAAGAGACAAAGUCCAUGUGAAAACGUAAUUAUCAAGGCUACCGUAGCUUUGAUGACUACUUUUUCGUGCGAACGACAGGUGCAUCGAGUAUAUACGAAGUUACGUUAUGGGGAAUCGCUAUGGAAACCCAUAAAAUGCUACAGUCGACCAAUAGAAGUUGAACGAACCUUGCUUCGUGUACUUUGACGUUAAAUGUCAAGCUCAAAGGGUUGCUAAAACCAAGUUCUCAGUUCAAUUAACGUCCAUUUACGGAUAAUUAAUUACGUCAAUGAGCGCCAAUAGCGGAAAUAGUGUUAAAAUGAUGUACGAUACAUCGAAGAAGAAAGUGACUUCCGCUCAAAGAGAUUUAUAUAUCAGACCACUAUUAAGGUUGAAACAACAAGAAGAUAUUCUUGAUAAAGGACUUGUUGGUGCGAUUGAAAACAUGAAAAUAGACUCGAAUUUGUUACAGGAUAUUAUAAAUGAACACAAGGAAUUGUCAUUGAAAAGACGAAACUUUCUGAGCACGAUGUACAAAAAUAUAAAAGAUAUUACUUCUGAAUUGGAUUCUGCGAAACAUGUGACGAAAAAUCCAGAAGAUUUACAAACACUAGAUGUGAACACGUACAAAUCAAAAUUGAUCAAACUUUCGCAAAAAAUGCAGGAUUUCGAGAAAUCUUGUCCUAUUGAAACAUUAAUGGAGGAAGGAACUGCAUUAAAUACUGAAGUACAUGAAUUCGAAUUUAAUUUAGAUAAAUAUGAAAAAGCACAGAAAAAUAGGGUACGUUUAUCGUUAUUAUGUAAAAGUAAAAUUGAAAAUAGACAACACAAUACAGGAUGCAAAGAUAUAGACGAUUUUCAUGCUCUGGUUGCAGUAACAGGACACACAGAAAAUUGGACCAUGGAGGAUCAUCUGUUUUUCUUGAAAACGCGAAAAAGGUGUGAAAAUAUACCAGCUCUGGUUGCAGCGAUCCAAAAAAAAUGUCCAGAUCUAUCUACUGAAAUUAUAGUAAACCACGAGGCGUGGUACAAACAAUACACAGAUUUACGAGAAAAACAGAAGGCAGCUGUGAAAGAAUGGCGUCAAAAGAGGGAAUCAGAAAAAAAGAAAAAUACCGACGAAAUAGAGAAAGAAAUCGGGAAUCGUUACGAGGACGAAGAUUUUCUAAAUGAAAUCCCCAGAGAGAAAGCAUCAUGUAUUUUAAGAAAAACAAAAUCGUCUACAACGGAAACCAGAAGUACCAACAGCAGUGCCAGUUCGACCGAAAGCAAGAAAAAGGAAUUGAUUAAAAAGUGGAAAAUGGAAAAAGAAAAUAAGCGUUUGAUGGACGAAGAACAGGUAAAAAUGCAAAUGAUAUUGAAGAGGAAAAUAGAGCAAAAUAGGAGGAAGAAGCGUAAAGAAAAGAUCCAGGAAGCUCUGGAACAAUAUAAAAAGAAGAAAUCUUUGGAAAAUAUUUUAAGAGAAAAGGAUGAACAAUUUAAAGAAAAAUGUACAUACGAUGUAACAUUGAUCAAAGCAUUUAGAGAGCAAGACAAAGAGUUUACUAAAAAAAGAAAAAAUUUAAUUCUACGUUCUAAGAAGCCAAACAAAUGCGAAUCAGUGAAUAUAAGAAGGAUAGAGCUCGUAGAAGCAAGGAGCUAUUCGACAUUGUUUGAUACUACAAAAGUUUGGAGAGAAAAAUGCAGAGUGGAAGAUUCGACAAUGCGUUUUAACGAAUUGCAAUAUAUCAAGGACGUCCCAAAAAUGUGUAUCCGAUGGAGGAACGAAGAAUCGGAGGAUCUAAAAAUCUAACAAGAAAUAUAUCGAUUAAAAAAUGUAAAAGACGUUAGUAUAAACGAUCGUGUUAUCGUAUGCCUAAUUUAUUGUAUAUACUCGUACAAGUUUUAUCGUUUACGUGUAACUUGGUAACUAACGCGACUCAAAAUACGUAUAAAUAUACAAUUUUGUCAUUGGUAAACUUUACAUCGUCUUUUUAUAACUUUUAAAACAAUGUCCAGCAAUAAAUCAUGCAAUUUAUGAUAACCCGAAUACAACUUAAAAGGUGUCUAUCUUUUACUUAAGGAAAAUACAAUUAUUUUCAUUAACCCUUUCAUGAUCGAUGUUGCGUUCCCACGAACUUUAAAUUUCUUCCAUUGAAUUCUAAUUUUUUCUUUACAAAUCAAAUUUCAAUUUCAAUGCGUUAAGCCUUCUUUACAAAAGUAUUAGAAAACAAUGUGCGUUCCUAAGGAAAUAUUCGAUCCUGAAAGGGUUAAUUGAUCAAUUCUUAUAUGUACACAUAUUUAGGAAGAAAACAAAUGUUUAUGGCUAAAGAAUAUACGAUAUGUUUCCCAUUACUCCUCCGCUAAUUUAAUAUUAUAAUUUUUAAUAAAUUAAUCAACCGAGCACACUUCUAGACCGGCGAAUCUUCAGCGCAAUUUCUGUAUAAUAAUCUGCAUAAUAAUCAUACUUCAAGGUAUUUACAAUAAUUGUACUUACUUCCUGUUCGAACUUCUCCCAAACUCCGGAAUCACUUCAUUAGAGCCGAACGAAACCUCGGUAUCUGUUUUGUACUUCGUUUCCGAAUCGGUAUACUAAAAGUAUAUUCUCCUAUAGUAACAGUCUUUCAUAGGAAAUGAUCCACGAACACGGCGACUCCAUGAACAUAAGCAGUAACGAGGACAAUCCCUCGUGAUCGAUCCGUCAUCGACGAAUCACUAGUCAAAAAAUUGUCAUUUCUCUUGUUUUAUUUACAAUCGCUAAAAUCUUCGAAUUACAAAUAGCCUGUGUGCUACUUGUCGGCAAUCGGCCUCGAGGAAAUUCGCGCGAUCAAAAGCGACGCCGUAAGUGUCGACUAUACAAAUGGAUCCGCUCUGAAAAAUUAUUUUAAAGUGUUGGACACAUUCUGAAAACGCGACCUCAGCACAACACGACGCAACGUUACGAGUCGACGAGUAUACAUCUUUUUUUAGAAAUUCUCUUUUUGAUUUUGAAUAUUUUUCGAACUACGAAAAAUAAAAACGCCAUAUCGCACGAGCGCGAGAAUUGAAAUAAUGGAGGGCAAGAGGAAAUGAACGAAAUGAACGAUUGAUAUAUAUUUAAGUUUAUUUUUCUUUUACGAACGUACCGGUUUUUGUCAGACGAUGUACAUAAUAAGUUAUGAGUAAAAGAGUGUUGGCUUUAUCCAGGACCGUCAAUUUAUUCGACUGCUCAGAACAAACUGUUAAUAAUUAAUUAAUCAAUUAACUAAUUAAUUGAUUAACCCUCUCCUCUCACCCAAACCUCACAUUACCUGAGCGAUCGCGCGCGCGCGUGUGUGUGUGUAUCUGUAUGAAAGUAUUGAACGUAGAAACAAACAUACGUAGAAAGAUUGGAAAGAACGAACGAAGAGAGACAAACUUAAACAAAUAUAUAAGUGAGGACAAAAAAAAUGAUAUCCGGCUUCCCUCUUCCGGUCAGUCGUGGAUAAUACCAAUUCUCGACGAUUUUACUCAAAUAUAUAAUAUACUUUCUAUUAACCUUCUGUUCGUUAAUUCGAUAUUCUUUUUUGUAGAUUUUUUUUUCUUCUUUUCUCUUCGUCUUUCAUGAGAUGACCAAAUACAAAAACAUAGGUGAUACAAUAUAUAUACUAUAUAUAUAUGUAUAAUGUUAUAAUACAAAUGUGCCUCGUACUGUGCUGAGUACGAUAUAUCAAUCAAAUUCGACGACUGUUCAUAAUUCAUAUUUUAUCCUUCUGUUUGUUCACGUAUUUUGUCUUCUUUCCUUUGUUCACAUCCUCGGCUAUCCCUUUCUCACAGAUCAUUAUGAGAUAUGCUCAUUAUGAUCAUUAUGAUUCACAAUCACGCCACCUACCAUUCACAUCUUCGCUCUGUUACUAAUUAGACGUCACGCUAUAGCGAUAUCGAGAAUUCCUCCGAUUUUCUUUCUCCUCGAGCCGCGUAUAUAUACACAUAUAUGUCAGCAUAUAUAUGUGUGUAUACAUGCACAAAGAAAUAUAACUGUUUACAAUUCGUCUCUCUUCAAUAAUUGUAUACCGUUUCUCUAGAAGUUUGUUACAACGAACAAUAGAACGUUUAAUUGAACGCCUUCAACUUUCCACCUUGCUCAUUCAUACGAUCAUAUUUCUCCGUUGUAUUCGCCUACACAAACACACACACGCACACUGUAUUCAUCCUCACGUUCCCUUAUUAUCCUUCAUAGCAACAAGCAUUGUAGGACGAUUGACGUUUUUCUUUCCCAUUGUUCGCCAUUUUCUUCCUCGUAACCCAUCAUCGUCUUUCUUUUUUCUUUUUUAUAAUAAAUAUGUACACACUUGAACAUUUGUACAGGUCAAAGAUCUUCGUCCCUACGAUUAGUUUAGUCGUCUUGAACCUUCCAUCUAACAAUAUUUGUCAUCGAUAUCCUCACACGCAACGCCUCACUCAUUCUCUCUCUGUUCCAACUCUAUAUAUCCUUUUUCUCUUGUGCAAACCAUAGAUGCAACAGGUGUGUGUGUUCAAUUGCUUUUUUUUCCUCUUCUCUCCUUCCAUAUCGCUUUUUCCUCUCUUCCUCCUUUCCUUUCGUGUCGUUCGAUCGAUCGAACAACCAUGAUCGAUCGAAAAGUCCGCGACGCUAAUUUCAACGAACGCACGACUCUCGUCCAGACGAUCGAAAACUCUGCGUAUCCCUUUCUUCGUUCAGGGACACCAAGAACAGCGUCGAAUCACGACGUCCACGAGCUAUUAUCUUGUCAAGACUUCGACGCUCGGUUAGCUUAUUUCCGAGUUUCUUUUUUUCUAAUUUCUAACAUUGCACACGGUUCCGGGACGGCAAAGAAUCGGACACGGAAUCGAUCGUCUUUCGGCGAGGAAUCGCGUCGUUGAAAGGCACGGGCGAAGAUGAAAGGGAACGCGAUCGAUGGGAGCGAUUCGUGCAAGUGUAUAGAUUCCUCUUUUGAACAAACCUUUGAAUUUUGGGUUUCUAAGGAUUCGCGACGGUUUUCGAGAACGUUCGACUAAUCUAAGAGCAAGAAAUGCACGCGAAUUUUUAACGUCUCUCAUUUCUAUGAUUACGGAAAUUAAUUUAGUACGUAAAUGUAAGAUUUCAUAAAACGAACGAAAUUUUGUUAAACAUUAAACGAAGAAAAGAAAUGAAUUUUUGACAAACAGGAUUCGCGUACAUUCCUUGUGAGCAUAGUUGAGACUCUUAAUAACUAAUCGAAUGAAUUCCAUACUCCUUUUACUGCCAGAUUUAUUGAUGAGAUAUAGAUGAAGGUACAUCUGGGCCCCAAUAAAGUGCUACUUUAAAUCGAGAUUAAAACGAAAGAAGCGUAUGUCACCUAAUAGAUCAUUCUGCUCGCGAUCGUUCGCCAACGUUCCGCGGACUAACGUUUAUCCGUUGAACAGCUAGCAAUUUUCCGUUUUCUUAUAUUUCUUUUUCUCCCUGUAUAAAUGAACGACCAACUUGUAAAUGCAACAAUGAUUGACAAUGAUCGUAAAAUGGUAACGUUCUCGCAGUAGAAAGUAAAAAUCUCUAAUCUUUCUCUCUUUCCAUCCAUGUCUGUCGCAAUCUUUCGAUCGUUAACCAAGACUCGCGGCUCAUGCAGCUACUCAUCGAUCAAUCGACUCGUUUCCUUCGUGUACUUGCUUCGUAGGGACACAAACGUUUCAAGCUAGCGAUCUAAAGGAUAUGGACAAUGAUAUCGCAUGUUGGUUCGCUUUCGAUGAAGAUUCGAUCGGGUGUCGUGUGAUUAAUAACUUCUAAACGGCUCGCUAACCAGGUCAUAGACCUGGAAUAUGCAUAUAUGUAUGUGAAUGUAUCGAAUAUAAUAUUCGACCAUCCAGGACAACGAGAUACCUUGAACUGUUCUGUUUCGAUAAUGUUUUUAUGUCGAUGAUGGCUGAUGGAAUUACUAUAAAUGUAUAAAAAAGACGAAUUAUACCGCGACGCACCUGUCCGCGCUUCAAUAUCGCUAAUGAUCACAGUUGCGCGGUCGAUUUUCUAGAAUUAGGGGCAAUCGAUGAGAAUCGCCUUACGCUUACACGCCUUAGACUAACGCCGUUACUCUCGUUCCUGGACAGUCAAAAUCGCAUGUGCUGCUGCGAUCCACGAAGAAAACGAAUCGUCGAAGAGCUGCGUGACUCGUCGAGGAUCUUUUAAGUUCCUCCCUCGAUCGCGCGUUUUUACAGGUCUCCAAUGUUCAUUCUUCCCGGCUUCUUAUCUCUCUUUGUUCUUUCAUCUCAUUCCACCCCCAUCCCUAUGAAUAAUUUCGUUCAUUUCCCCGUCGAAAGUUACUAAAUCCGUUCUUUUCCUUUUAAUUCUUCAUCAUCCUUGUGUCCUCUUUCCUUUUACUUUUCAUUCUGCACAUUUUUUGUCUUCUGCUUUUAUUUUGCUUACUUCUAAGCUUGUAUAAAAACGAUAGUUUUUUUUUUUGUUUAUUCAAUUACACCAAAAGACGAGUUGUGUGCAUAAAGCAAACUAUAUUGGGACAACAUGAAUUCUGAAUAAAUACUUAAUAUUACAACAAAAUUUUAAGUAUUCUUUCGUAAUGUCAUCACUAUAUAGUUUGUAAGAAAAUAAGAUACUUUACUUGAAAUUUGUAUGUACAGAUAUUACAAACAACACACUCUCGCUCGCUUCGCUCUCCCUCUCUCUCAUAAUGCAUAGGCAAUGUGUUUCUGUUUUCUUUAAUUUUCUUUCUUUUUUCCUCUUUUAAUCUUUUUUAACUAAACGCUUCUCUAUAAUACAUUGCUGUGGAGUAAGCCUAAAUAAAUCCAUUUUUCUAUGCGAUUCUUUCUUUCUCUUAUGAUUUUUUUGUUUCCCUUUGUUGUUGGCUUUUUCUCUCCCUCGCUGUUUUCCCGAGUUUUCUUUUGAUUCGUAUCUUUUUCUCUCUGUUAUCUCUUCCUUCUUUUUCGAGAUUUUGAAACAAAAAUUUACAACACCAAUUCUUUCAACGUCUUCUUGACAAGUUUCUUUCUUAAAAAAAAAAAUUCAAA